CACAAUAGAUGUGAUAUCGAAGCACACGAAUGUUCACACAGAAAUAAUGUCAGCUUUGACAUUCGAAUCCUUCUGCGAAAUGUCCCAAAACCAGAAUCACGAAAGAUACGUCUUGUACAGCGGAAGACCCAAACUGAUGCUGGAUAAGAAACAAUUUCAAUGUUUAAAAUUUUAUGUUAAAAAGGCACGUAGAAGAGUGAUCAAGGCCUUAAAUGAAGUUAAUGAGCAUGCUGAUUCCACUUAUCUAUUUAUUACGUACGACGGAAAAUCACUUCCAAACGAUUUUCAGCGAAGAAAACCUACUUUGAAGACACUUCACGCUUCAACGUCGUCUUCAGAUACCAGUAUAACUGACGAAAGUGAUAUCAUGUCACAAUCAGACUCUCAGAUUAGCGAUGAUGAAUUUGAAAGUGAUUAUGUCCAAAACCUUGAAACAUCUUUAAGUACAACUCAAAGAGCAAUUUGUUUUGGUGAAAGGACUUUUAACAGCAGAAUGGCUACUGAAUCAGAGAGCAUUGUAAAUGGUAUUUCAACAUCGAUACCACAGAGUGGGUUAAUGCCACAAAACAUUUUAGAAGCACCUGAAACUUUAAGGAUAAUCGAGGAGGAAGACGAUACCCCUGUUGAUAUCGAAGACUCUUUGAAAGGUCUGUGCGAUUCAACUGACAGCAAAAUAAAACGAAUGGAUGUACCGGAGAAUUCGAACGAAUUAAUUGAACAAAAAAUGGACGUAGCAGGAACUUAUGCCAGCGUUCAGAAUGAGAGAGUCGGGACGACAUCUGCUGAUAAACAGGUAGACGAUCUAAUAGAUAAAAUUGAAAAAGAACUUGAAGAUUCGCAAUAUGUGUAACACUUUCAGGCUGUUUGCGAUGAAAUGAAAGAUGCAAACGACGAGCACAAGACAUCCACAAAAAUAUUCCGCUCUAUAAGUAGAAACUGUUACUCGUCAAGCUUUCAUCAUAUUGGACAAACAUUAAUUUUCUCUUUAGUUUAUCAGGUUUAACAUCAUACUGGCACAAGUAUAGGUAAUACUGUGUCUGUCCAGCUUUUCAUAUUAGAUGAAUACCAAAGCUGCACAUCUCAGCGCAUUAUUUAAGGCAUGAGGUUUUUCAAUUUUGAUAAAGAGUUACAACAAUCACGAUCGGAUUUUGAACUUUUUCAUUAAACAACCAUUGAACUGAGACAGAAAUAAUGCGUUAACAAUAUAUUAUUUCUAAAGCACAAAAUGAGUAUAUUGUGUUAUUGGCCUCGUGUUCCAAGUAGUGCCUUCUGUUUUGCGGACAUUUUGACAACUAUCUUUUGGAAUGCAGUUACCUCAAAUCCAUUAGAAUGGAGUUUAUUCCAAAUAAUUUUACUACUCGUUUUAAUAUUUAUCAACUUGAUAACCUCAUGAAGAGUAAAGAUAAGUUUUAUACUUGCAAAAUUAGCACUCUUUUGUAAAAUUUUAAUGUCAAAUUUUCAAUAGCUCAUUUUCCAGAUUCGAUAUUAGUAAUAAUUUGAGUAUUAAGAUGCUUCAGUUUUGGGUAUUAAGUUGCAUAUUACGACUACCGUAUAGCGGGUUAAUUCUGCGAGUUUUCUUUAUUUCUGCUAAAUCUGCUGGUCAAGACUGUCACGCAGAAAUAAAUUCCACACAUUUAAAAUAUCAGCAGAAUUUUUUGACGCAGAAAUAAACUUUGAUAUUUCGCUUAAUAUAAUGACCCGUUAUCUUUAUCUCACGAGUUUUUCGUCUGCUGUCAAGUUAUUCACAAUGUAUCGAUUGUGGUUAAUUGCUUUUGCUAUAGUAUAAAUCUAUUGUCCACGAAUGAAUGGUUAUCGUUUCGGGCGUUUAUUCACAAAACACUCUAGGUUGAUGAAAAGUUAAGCUGUUGUUAAAAGUUGUUACUGAAUGGACUGUAAGUCCGUAAGUAUUGACCUGGCACUCAUGAAUAUUCCGUAUGUUUCCGUAAAUUUAUUUUCGGUGUCCGAACUUAAACAACGGUAAAACUAUUGAAAAGCUAAUUAUAUACCGUCAUGUAUCAUGGACAGAUAUAGCUAUGCGGACAGAUCGUUUUGCCACCAAUCUCAGGGCUGUGUGUUCGAGUCCUUUGUCUGGCCAAAUUGUUUUUGUUUUCUGUUUUAACAAGCGGAAAACUUGUCAUACUUAUCAUGAUUUAUAAACGAAAUACUCUACUAUCCAUCAACAUUCUUUUACUUAUAUUUGUAUCAUAGCUUGGUGUUUUUUCUUAACAAAUUUGGUGCAGGUAAUUCGUAUACUCUGACUACAGGGUGCGGUAACUAAAAGUGUGCAGGUAUUUAAUACCCGCACUCUAGUUACCGCACUGUUGGAUAGGAAAGUAUGCCAGCAUGUGUGGAACAGUAGACAGCGACGUGUAUUUUAUUGAUUUUCUGCUCUAGCAUUGGUUUAUUUUACCUGGGCUUUACACAUUUGUAAAGCAAGGAUUUUAAGUACUCACUGAACUGCUGUAUAUGGCAAUGUGGAACGCCUACAACUACCAUAUAUGGAUGGCUAUGAUACAAAACAGAAAGAACAUUAAAACUCUCGGGUAAACGAUUUAUACUCGGGGGCUACGCCCCCUCGUACAAAUCGUUUACCCUCGAGUUUCAAUGCUCUUUCUAUUACAAAACCGUCCUACAAAAUGUUGUUUAAAAUCUUCAGGACCGGACAAGUAUUCGUUCAUUGUUGACGACACAAAAUGAAAUGUUUAAAAAAAUAAUAUAAUAUAGAUAAAAAUACAAACACACGGAGUUAUAUUUCAAAAAAUGAGUACAAAUGAAUUCGAACCCAUGGUAACAUUUUUCUCAAGUCGGAGAGCUUACCACUACACCGCAGUGCCAUUGGUUAUCUUAAUUAAUUAUUUUGAUAAAUCUAGAUAUUUCCAGGACACAAAUAUCGCGUAAAAAAACGAAAACACCCGAAAAUAUUGGCGAAGAUAAAUGAGUGUCAGGCCAAUACUUAUGGACAGUACUAGAUUUUGCAUUUGUAUAUAUUUGUAAAUAAAUCGUAUUUUUUUCUACCAGCAGUGUUACGCUUUAUGAAAAUGUCUUUCAAAAUAAUUACCGCUACUAGACCUACAGUUUUUAUUUUAACUCUGAUUUUUAAUCAUGCGCGGUAAUGAAAAGAAAUCGAUUUAACACAAAUAAAUAUUACAUGUUUAUUCAUGUACAAUGGUUAGAGCUUUAAAUAGAACUGUAGUAUCGAAAUGUUGUGAAUUAGUGCAUAUUUUGUAAAUUUUCAUUCAGCAGUCGACAUUUUUUACCUUCAGGUAAUACUUGAAAUACAUGAUCACAUGAAUUGUAAGAACUUCCUCCCCAAUAAAAGUUAAAUAUGUAUGUUUAAAUUCUCUUCAACUUACAGUCAAGUUUGAAUGGAACUCGAGUUGAUCAUAGUAUUAUAAACAAGAUGAACACUUUACUCUUGUAUUGUUAUUAUUAUACUUUGAACACAGAAAGUGAAAAUAGAUACAGCAAUGCUUUUACAUACAAGUCUGUAGUGUGAGGAAUCGUUUUAGAAUCAAUUUUUUAUUCAUCUAAAAUGUAAAUGUUAUAUGACAAACAGCUAUAUUGUUGACUUUGCUUAUUAUUUUAUUUUUAGGUCAUCUGCUGAUGUACAAACUUUAUGUAUUUUGUGUCUUGUAGAUUGUUGUUUGUAAUAUUGACUGAAAGUUAACAACAGAAUAUUUGAUUAUGCCAUUAACAUUCCAAAAUAUAUUGUGUAUUUGUUUUAAGACUGUGUAAGUGUUUUAAUAUUUAUUUUUCUAUAUGUUUCAGCUUGUUUAUAAAAUGUGCAAGAUCUGCCUUGAAGAUCGCUAAAGCUUACAUUCAGCAUAGGUAUAGAUAAAAAAUGAGCCACGCCAUGGAAAACUAACAUUGUGCAAUUGUGACCUGCAUGGAUCCAGACCAGCCUGUGCAUCCACGCAGUCUGGUUAGGAUCCAUACUGUUCACUUCCAAACCCUAUUGCAAUUAGAGAAACCGUUAGAGAACAGUAUGGAUCCUGACCAGCCUGCACAUCUGACCAGACUGUCACAUUCAUGCCAAGUUAUUUGAAAAUCCAUCCAUCGAUGACAAAGAUAUGGACCGGACACGCCCAUCAAUGCACUAUCCUUUAACAUCUAAGUGUGACCUUGACCUUUGAGCUACGAACCUGGGUCUUGCGCAGGACACGUCGUCUUACUGUGGUACACAUUCAUGCCAAGUUAUUUGAAAAUCCAUCCAUCGAUGACAAAGAUAUGGACCGGACACACCAAUCAAUGCACUAUCAUUUAACGUCUAAGUGUGACCUUGACCUUUGAGCUACGGACCUGGGUCUUGCGCACUGCACGUCGUCUUACUGUGGUACACAUUCUAAGUGUGACCUUGACCUUUGAGCUACGGACCUGGGUGUUGCGUGUGACACGUCGUCUUACUGUGGUAUGACAUAAUCACCAUUUUGUUGCUUUAAUGUGUGUAUUUUUAUGCAGAGGACAUGUUUUUUUCUACAUCCUGAUUACUUUAGCUUUAAACCAUCUACAUAGAGUUUAAGCUAGGAAAUCUUUAAGAUGGUAGCUUAAGAUUAAGUAUCCAACUUUGGCCUACAGCUUCCAACUUUCGCUGUAAACUGGCUAUCUUGGCUUUCAAUCUGUAACUUAAGCUUUCAACAGAUAACUUCAGUCUGCAGCUUGCUUUAGCUUGCUUCAAAUUAAACGUUGGACUUUGACUUUACCGUGAUACCUUUAAUCUUCAACUUCAACUGUAGGUUUAAACAUUCAUCUUUAGCUUUAAAGCAAAAACUUUAGCUUUAAACUUUCUCAGCUUGAGCCAGAAAACGACAGCUUCAGCAUUAGCCUUAGAAUUUUUGCUCCUGAGAGAAAUUGACAAUGAUUGGACUUUGAUUUUCACCAAAAGAUUUAGAUUUAUUACAUACAGUUUAGUUAAUAUGGAAACUUAAACUGUUUGUGUGUUUUAAAAGUUUUGAUACUGUACAUAAUGGUUUAAAGUGUUUUGUUUCUAAAUUUAGUAUUGUUUACACAUUUUUAUUGACAUUGUUCUAUAAAGUAAUGGAGCAGCUUUAUCUAUAGAUAAGUUCUUUUAUUUUUUUUGAAAUUUGAGAAAAAAAUGAGAAUCUCCGAGUUCUAGUCAGCUUUGGAUUUAGACUGAAGUAUUACAUAAAACAAAGAUCACAGUAUUUCAGUGGUACAUUUGUGACACCUCGCAAAGAGUGGUAAUGGGCCAUUAUUGUAAUCAUCUGUUCCUAUAGGGUGGUCUGUCUUUGUGCUUACACUGAAAUUUGAGCCGUGCUAUGGGAAAACCAGCAUAGUGGCUUUGCAACCAGCAUGGAUCCAGACCAGCCUGCGCAUCGGCGAAGUCUGGUCAGGAUCCAUGUUGUUUGCUUUCAAAGCCUAUAGCAAUUAGAGAAACCGUUGGCGGACAGCAUGGAUUCAUGCUGGUCGCAAAGCCACUAUGUUGGUUUUCCCAUGGCACGGCUCAUUAACAUAAUCACCGUGUAGAUAUUUAUUAUUGCUUGUAAAGUGCAAUGAAAUGUAAGCAUUUCAAAUUGAAACCAAAGAAAAGCGUCUGCUUUAGUGAUUGUUGAAGAAAAAAAUGUAGUUUACAUAUAGAUUUAUGUAGACUUCGUUUUUUACAGGAUAUUCACACUCUUUCACAACAUAUUUCAAAUUGACGGCAUAUUUCACAUUUUUACAGCAUAUUUUUCACACUUUUUCAGCAUAAUUCACACACUUUUUGAGCCUAUUUCACGCUCUAAACAUUUGAGAUUAGAUGAACUUAGAUAUUAUUGUGUGACUAAAAUAAAUUUCAUUUGUGUGUAAAUUAACAAUUGGCUGAUAUUUGUUACAUAUGGACCACCAACCUUACAGUGCGUUAUAAGGGAGACAAAGCCUUUUAAUUAUUAUAGAAUGUUUUUUUUUCUGCUUUGUAUAAAUAAGACACAAAGGAGAUAUUUCUUACUAAGAACAUGUGCUUUCUGAAUUUUGCUAACUUCCUUUGUAUGCCAGGUUAGGAUGUUAUCUGAAAAGUGCAAUGGAAUGCUAUAUACAGUUUUUGUGUAAUUGUUCAGACCACCCAAAGGUAAUGCCAGGAGGGUCUUUCUUCACCACCAAAAACUGGAAAAUUGCUGUUUGAUCUUUAAUUUUUCAGUGUCGUUAGUCACAACAAAAACGAAAAUAACAUCGCCAAAACAAAAUAUCGGGCAUAUGAUUCAAAAUGCUUUAAUUUCAGCUCUUUUAAAACUUUACAGAAAUUUAGGUUUUCAAAAAGAUCUGUGGUAAGUGAUUAAAGUAGACCGUAUUGAAAACUUUUUUUGGACAUGUAAAGUCUAUUAUUUGUUGAAUUAGGUAGUGAAAUAUUGAACUUAUUGUGUGUUCUGCCAAAUCCAUAACAGGUUUUCUUUUGGUGGCUUGAGGCUUUGAAAGAUCAAGAUAUAUUAUAAACAUCAUACCUCAGACCUCUGGAGAUAUCCUUAUAGAAAUAAAUUUCAUGGCCAGAAGUGUUGUAGUGUGGUAGUGUGAUGUUGAAUUUUUAUGCCCCCGAAGGGAGGCAUAUAGUUUUUGAACCGUCUGUCUGUCUGUCGGUCUGUCAGUCUGUCGGUCUGUCCGCAAUUUUCGUGUCCGGUCCAUAUCUUUGUCAUCGAUGGAUGGAUUUUCAAAUAACUUGGCAUGAAUGUGUACCACAGUAAGACGACGUGCAGUGCGCAAGACCCAGGUCCGUAGCUCAAAGGUCAAGGUCACACUUAGACGUUAAAGGAUAGUGCAUUGAUGGGCGUGUCCGGUCCAUAUCUUUGUCAUCGAUGGAUGGAUUUUCAAAUAACUUGGCAUGAAUGUGUACCACAGUAAGACGACGUGUCACACGCAACACCCAGGUCCGUAGCUCAAAGGUCAAGGUCACACUUAGACGUUAAAGAUCAUUUUUCAUGAUAGUGCAUUGAUGGGCAUGUCCGGUCCAUAUCUUUGUCAUUCAUGCAUGGAUUUUAAAAUAACUAUGCAUGAAUGUGUGACACAGUAAGACGAUGUGUCGCGCGCAAGACCCAGCUCCGUUGGUCAAAGGUCCUAAACUCUAACAUCGGCCAUAACUAUUCAUUCAAAGUGCUAUCGGGGGCAUGUGUCAUCCUACGGAGACAGCUCUUGUUUAAAUAUUUUGUAAGAACAAAAGAUGUGUUGUUCCCUGUGUAAAAUUCUGGCCAAUGGCAAAACUUGAAAUAUUAUUUCUUUUAAAUUUUCACCUUAAAAUGUGACUUUUAUCCAGUAUUUAGAAAGUUUUAUAGCCAUCCAUUAAACAAAUUAAUACAAAAUAGUCAAAAUUAAAUUUUAAGAAAAGUUUAAGUGUCUUUGCAUUGUAAAAAUAUUUCCUGUGACCACCUCAGAGUUUAUAAAGAUGAUGUAUAAUAUGAAUAGUAUGGACUUGCAUUUCAAGAGAAACAAAGGAAGAAAAACUUGUUAAAGACUAGGUGGACCAAACAGUAUUGAUGUUAGUGAUAUUGAACAAAAUUAUGUGAAUCAGUCAUUUGGGACUUUCUGUCCUGUGAUUAAAAUCAAAAUAUGUUUUCUUGUAUUGUUAAAAAAAUUCCAAUAGCAAUAAAACAGUAAUGUGUAGUUCAUAUGAAUAAAAUUGUGUUUAAAUGUG